GCCGCCAAAAGCCUUUCGAAAUACCGCAGAAGACUGACAGAUGAAACCAACACUAGGCAUGGAGGAGGCAAAGACCAGCUAUCCAGUGACCAUCGCUCAACCAGAGUAUGUGCAGAAAGGCAAAUCGAAGUUCGUGCGAAAUGUUGCGAUUGCCUUCAUCGGAUUUGUGCUGGUGGCAGUCGUCAUUGUGGUGGCCGUGUACUUUGGCAUCAGGUCGACUAAGGAUGCGUACCAGGAGGCGUGGCACACUUUCCGAGACAAAGAAGGUCGGUACAUGGAGGAGAAAGUGAACAAGACCAAGGACAUGACCGAGAUACACGUUCCCAACAGCGUCCAUGUCAUCUAUGACUACGUUAACGGCAUUUCAGUUGAACGUUUCACUGACGUCACGACAAAGAUACGGGGACCGUGCUAUGUCCGAUUCAUCAAUAGCAGCAAGACCAACAUCUCCCCCGACACUGACCAGACAACCGAUGAUUCAGGCCCAUAUAACAACAAGGUGGAUUCGCAACAAUGGAGGUUCACAGACCGGAAAGUACCAUCCUAUCUGACGUCAGCACCACGUGUGCAGGAAAUGUGCAAGGACACUGACAUCUUCUGGAUGGAGAAAAUGCCGGAGUCGUCAAUACAGAAGAGGUCGUUACAUGAAGGUUAUAAAUGUACCCUGAUCACCUAUAGGACUUUUAUCUACAAUGGGGUUAGAUACCUGUAUAAGGAAUGGCGGUGCUGCUGCUUGCCCCUCGGAGGUUAUUUCAUCUACUGGGAGCUAUGGAGAAUAUAAGCGUAAUCAAAGUCAGUGACGCAACAAAUGACGAAAGGUUACGUUGAACGUGUAAUGAACAGACCUGGGGAAGAACUUCCAUUCUCUAUAUCAAUUGCUGAGAAUCAUAUGUGCACUGUCAGUUCAACGAACACCGUUUUAAAAUGUAUAUGACAUUUCCAAGACUUUUGUCUCUAUAUCCAUUUAGCUGUAGUGUUUAAACUGUCUUUUUUAUUUUCAGCCUUAUCUUGAAGUAAACUUAAACAAUAAAUAUUUAAUAACAUUGCAUGUGAAUGACGGAUCAUGUUUACAUCUGUAUCUUUAUUUUUGUAUUUGUAUUUCUACCGAGAUGUACAUAUGUAUCCAUGUAUCUAUUUUUAAAUAAAUCUGUAGCUAUAA